AAUACAUUUCAUUUUGUUGUAAAGCAGGCACAGACAACUGCAUAGUUUUACAUUUAACCUCUGUUGGUCGUCACAUCACUUCCUUGAAAUGCUAUCACUUUUGAGGCAUGUAUUUUCUUCUGCUCCUAUACUAAAUACCAGCAAAUGUGUUGCACAUCACUUUCGGUCAUCACAUUGCAAUGUGCAGUUAAAAGGCGGGAACCUUUUAACAUUAAAAAAUUACACAGCUGAAGAAAUCAAAUAUCUUUUGUGGGUGGCAACUGAUCUGAAAUACAGAAUAAAGCAAAAAGGAGAGUAUGUGCCGCUGCUGCAGGGAAAAUCUCUUGCCAUGAUAUUUGAAAAAAGAAGUACAAGAACAAGACUCUCCAAUGAAACUGGGUUUGCUUUGCUUGGUGGACAUCCUUGUUUUCUAACAACGCAAGAUAUCCAUUUGGGAGUUAAUGAAAGCCUGAAGGAUACAGCAAGGGUAUUAUCUGGUAUGACUGAUGCUGUUCUAGCAAGAGUUUAUUGCCAAACUGACCUGGACCUCCUGGCUAAAGAAGCAAAAAUUCCAAUUGUAAAUGGAUUAUCUGAUAUGUAUCAUCCUAUCCAAAUUUUAGCGGAUUACCUCACUUUGCAGGAACAUUAUGGCCAUUUGAACGGACUGACAAUAUCCUGGAUUGGAGAUGGAAACAAUGUCCUAAAUUCAAUAAUGAUGAGUGCAGCCAAGUUUGGAAUGAACCUACGUAUCGCAACACCAAAGGGUUAUGAACCUGAUUCUGCUGUCAUUUCAGCAGCUAAGCAGUUUUCCAAAGAGUUUGGCACAAAGCUUUUUAUGACAAAUGAACCCCUGGAAGCUGCAACUGGAGCCAAUGUUUUGGUGACAGACACCUGGGUAAGCAUGGGACAGGAAGAAGAGAAGAAGAAACGCUUAAAGGAUUUUAACGGAUACCAGAUAACAAUGCAGACUGGUAAAGUUGCAUCUCCAGACUGGACAUUCCUUCAUUGUUUGCCAAGAAAGCCUGAAGAAGUGGAUGAUGCUGUUUUCUAUUCUCCCAAAUCGUUGGUUUUCCCAGAAGCAGAAAAUAGGAAAUGGACAGUCAUGGUACAGAGACUUUCUAAAAAAACAAACAAGGUUCAGACAUGGGGGGGGGGUGCUUUGCUAAUGCUUUCUGCUUGAGCAAUCAUAAAGGAAAAGUAGUUAGCUGGUAUUUUUCCCUAAGUGAGCUUUCUUAAGUAAGAAAAAGUUAAGCAGCAUGGUUUCCUUUAUGAUUGCUUGAGCCAAAAGGGUUUGAUUUCCUAACAUAGGUGCUACAUUGAACCAGUAUAGUUAUCCAUUGAUUUUUGCAUUCAUUUUCUAAAGCUGGGCAUUCACACGGAAGUCCACUCUUUUGGCUAAGUCAGCAAACAGGGGCCAACAAUUAGAUCAUACCAGUUGUGUAACUACAGGGGGUUCAGGGGGUGCACCCAGGCCUGCAGCCCCUUCGUGGUGUGUGCAUUUGCACUGGGAGCAUGCUGCCGCAUGAUUGUUUAUAGAGGUGGCCUGUCUAAAACUGGUUACUUUGCAGGGGUACAGGUACCUGUCAGAUGAGGACCUCAUUAAUGAUCCGAUGCUUUGCCCACCUAACAGAAUUUCCAAACCUGCCUGAUAGAGAUUGAUAUAUUUUCAGCCAGAUAUCCAUGUGGUGGCAGUUCUGAGCACCCAAUAAACUGACUUAAAUUACCAACUGGGUCUGGAUGGGCCAAGAUUUUAUCAGACUGUGUAUGGCCACCUUAAUAUGUAAUAUAUACUCUAUAAUUUGCUGAUUGGUUACUGUAAGUAAUUAAACUAGUUCAUUCUAAUAUAAGUUGUUUUUUUUUUUCAUUCAACUUGACUAAUUGCUCAGUCUGCACAUUGUAACUUUUGUUCUCUGUAUAUGAUAUUUUCUUUACUUUACCAUUUUAAAUUGUGUUUUUUUUUUCA